AGAAAGAGACAGAGAGAGAGAGAGGACAAUGCCAAGAGAAUGCAGAACCCCGAAACGGCUGCUGAACAUCAGCAGUGUUCAUCUCAAAGAUUACUCAACUGAGGGUUUAGUAUGUAAUUCCAGCAGCAGAAAAGAAGAACUGUACUGAACUUGAUAACUUUCUGAAAACUUGCAGAGCAGCGAGCCUGUUUAAAAGGGGAAGCCGUCUUGUGUCCUACCUUCCCAAUGCCUCUGAUCAGACGGCUUCUCCAUUUCGUGCGUGGCAAGACCUAAGCUGUCCCCGGGGGCAUAAAGGACUUUGCUAAAGUAACAGAGCCAUCACCUACUACUGCCCAGAAUAUAUACAUCGCUGAACACUUUCUGGAAGCAAUUUGACAAAACGCAUCAAGAGACUUAGAAAACAGGUAGAAAUUGUGCUUUGGGAAACCUACUCUAGGGAAAUAAUUUUAAAAAAUACAAAGAUGUUUAUUACAGUAUUAUUUAUAAAAGUGUAAAUCUGGAACAACUUAAUCGCACACCAAUAAGACAAUGAUUAAAUAGCCAUGAAUAUCUAUACAAUAUGUUGGUGUCUUUUCAAGUUAUAUUUCCUUUAUUUAAAAAAUUUUUUAAUGUUUAUUUAUUUUUGAGAGAGAGAGAGAGGACAAGCAGGUGAGGGACAGAGAGAGAGAGAGAGGGAGGCAGAGGAUCUGAAGCGGGCUCCACGUUGAUGGCAGAGAGCCCAAUGUGGGGCUCAAGCUUACGAACCACGAGACCAUGGUCCGAGCUGAAGUCGGACGCUUAACCGACUGAGCCACCCAGGGGCCCCUACAAAUUAUAUUUUCAAAUAAUUACUAGCCACAUGGAACAGGGUGCAAGAUAUAACAUUUAAAAUGUCAGAAUACAGAGGGUCACCUGGGUGGCUCAGUCGGUUGAGCGGUUGACGUUGGCUCAGGUCACAGUCUCGUGGUUCAUGAGUUCAAGCCCUGCGACAGGCUCCGUGUGGACAGCUCACGAGCCUGGAGCCUGCCUCCCAUUUCGUGUCUCCCCCUCUCGCUACCCCUCCCCCACUCACACUCUGUCUCUCCCGGUCUCUCAAAAUUGAAGAAAUGUAAAAAAAAAAAAAAAAUCAGAAUACAGAAACUAUAUAAAAGUGUGAUAUGGUACCUAGAAAGGAGAUCUGGGGCAGAGGUUCUUUCUCCGUUUUACGUGGUUUUACCCCAACCAUGCUACUUUGACUACACAGUCAUGCCUUCCCUAUGAAAACAUACUCCUCACAAUCAUCUCUUUCAACUAAAUGACAGAUCAACCUGCAAUGCAAUUAAAAUUCAACCACACUUGAAACACCCCAUGUUGAAAUAUAAAGAGUCAAUCUAAUCUUUGGGCAAGAAAGUUGGUAAGAAUAUCCAAAAUCACUGGGGCGCCCGGGUGGCUCGGUCGAUUAAGCGUCCGACUUCGGCUCGGGUCACGAUCUCGUAGUCUGUGAGUUCGAGCCCCGCAUCCGGCUCGGUGCUGACGGCUCGGCGCCUGGAGCCUGCUUCGGAUCCUGUCUCCUUCUCUCUCUGCCCCUCCCCUGCUUGUGCUCUCUCUCAAAAAUCAAUAAAUGUAAAAAAAAAAAAAAAUUAAAUAAAAAAGAAUAUCCCAAAUCACUUGGCAGGUGGAUAAAACCAAGUCACUUAAAAUGAACUGACCACACUCCAGCACGGAGUGUAGCCUUUGCUCUAGUAACUAAUGAUAGUGAUCAGCAGUUGGGGAAGUCCUUGUGCUGCCCUAAAAUACAGCGCUGAGAGGUUCUUGUGUGUGUUUCCGGGGAGGGAGCUUCCUGGCUCACCAGGCAGCCCGUUCUGUUUCCACACAACCUGGUAGUUCCCACAUGUCCUUCCCCAGCUGGGCCUGAGUGUAGUCUCCUCCAAUGCCACCAAGUUUCUGCGCUCUGGGAGUCUACUCCCUCUUCUGCAGGAAAAGCUAUCACGUCAGUCCAUCUCAAAGGGACCUAAAACAUUGCCUGAUCCAAGCCUUUCGUAAAAAAGAUUAGAGGGACGCCUGGGGGGUUCAGUCCGUUGAGCUUCUCACUCUUGGUUUUGCUCAGGUCAUGAUCUCAUGCUUUGUGCAUUCAAGCCGACCUUGGGCUCUGUGCUGACAGUGUGGAACCUGCUUGGGAUUCUCUCUCUCUCUCUCUGUCUCUCAAUCUCUCUCAAAAUAAAUAAACUUAAAAAGAAUCUUAAAAAAAAAAAGAUUAGAAAACUUGGGUCCAGACCAAAGACAAAUACUGGCAAAAACAAAAACAAAAACAAACAACAAACAAAGAAACAAAAACUAAAAUUAAUCUGAGGAUUUGAAGCCUCUUAUUUUUCAUACAAAACAUUCUGAGUUCUGUGAGCCACGGCUGAUGUUUCUGGACCUUUCUCACCCUAGCCUGUCCUGUACUCCAGAUUGACAUUAACCCUCUUAACAUGGGGUACCUGCGACAGAACAUCAUAUUUCAAAUGUGUAGUCUGAACAGUGAGAGGCAGGGCAAAAAUUAUUCGAUUCAGUCCGGAAGUGUUCAGUAAGCAGCUGUCACUUGUCAGGAGUUCUACGGGCACAGUGACCAGUCGCUAGUUCUGCACUGUCCACUCUGGUGACGACUUGCACAUGCGGUGACUUCAAUUUAAAUUCACUAAAUUUAAAUAAAAUGAAGGGGCACCUGGGUGGCUCAGUCGGUUAAGCCUCCGACUUCAGCUCAGGUCACGAUCUCACGGUCCGUGAGUUCGAGCCCCGCGUCGGGCUCUGGGCUGACGGCUCGGAGCCUGGAGCCUGCUUCCGAUUCUGUGUCUCCCUCUCUCUCUGUCCCUCCCCCGUUCAUGCUCUGUCUCUCUCUGUCUCAAAAAUAAAUAAACGUUAAAAAAAAAAAUUUAAAUAAAAUGAAAAGGUCAGCCCCAUUUCGAGCGCUCAACAGCCAUUGGGCGAGGGGUGCCUCAUUGGACAACACAGACCCAGAACAUGUCCAUCAUUGCAGAAGAGUUCUGUUGGGUAGCACCGCACCAGAUAAUUCUUUUGACUAUUCCAGGUUCUCUGUAAAAAAUUAAAAAAAAAAAAAAAGUGAAAGGUUGGGAGGCCUGGCUUCACUGUAUAGUGGGAAGUGAUCCAAGUAGCUAGUUGGAGAGGUAAUUGGACGAAUAAAUGAAGGGGCAGCUGGGUAGAGGCGUCGAUGGAGAAUCAGGUAUGUGGAUUUCCUUUCUUCUGGGUGAUCUAUUAAUACAGACUAAAAUUGGGUUUGCUCUCAGGGUCGCUGUGUCACAGCAUUGACAUUCUUUAUUUUGCUUCUUGCCUCAGCUCGAGGAGGUUGGAGGGUAUGUAACUCAGGGACAGAAAACAGGUUCAUAAAAUUCAGGAGAGAUUUCAUGUCCCCUAAGAGUAGGGGAGCCGUAAGAAUCAGGGUGGCCCAGGAGCGUCUGCGUGGCUCAGUCAGUUAAGUGUCUGACUCUUGAUCUCGGCUCAGGUCUUGAUCUCAGGGUUCUCGAGUUCAAGCCCCGCUUUGGGCUCCGCACUGAAUGCGAAGCCUACGUAAAAAAAAGAAAAGAAAAAGGAAUCACUGUGGCCUGGGUCCUACCUCCAGAAAUUCUGACUUAACUAUUCAGGGGUACAGCCUGGCAUUGGGAUUGCAAAAUCUCCCCAGCGUUUGCCAAGAGCAGCCAGGGCUGAGAACAAUUGCCGUAGCCAACUUCUUCUCUCUGUGGAAAUCCCCUCCCGCAAUGUCCCUAUCAGGCAGCCCCCCACCCUCUGCUUAGGUGUCUCUAGUUAAAGUUUGCUCAGUACCUCACAUGUCAUUUGGGAUGAUCCCACUCAAGCUCUUUGUUUCUUUUUUUAAACAUUUUUUGGAUGUUUAUUUUUUUCAAAGAGAGAGAAAGAGAGAGAGAGAAAGACAGAGCGUGAGCAGGGGAAGGGCAGAGAGAGAGAGGGAGACACAGAACCCGAAGCAGGCUCCAGGUUCUGAGCUGUCAGCACAGAGCCGACUCAGGGCUUGAACACAUGGCCUGUGAGAUCACGACGUGAGCCGAAGUUGGACACUUGACCAACUGAGCCACCCGGGCGCCCCUCAAGCUCUUUCUUAUGUGGUGUUUGACUUUGCCUCUUGGAACGACCUCCUGUGGUUGAUGGUGAAUCACAUUUAGGUUCUUAUCUACACACCAGUAUCUCGCUCUCUUUCCUACCCAAAGUGUCUUUUCUCCUAGGUGGAUGGAUACCUCUGGCUCCUUCAACUCAUCUUUACCAGGGACAAUGGAGGCUUUGAUGGCCGGAACUGAGACGGUGACAGUGGAUGCGUCUGUCAGGACCACACUGUUCGACUAUGAGUUCUCGCUGCCAUGUGAAAAAAUCAACGUCAAGGAGCUGGGGUCCCGCCUCUUGCCCCCACUGUAUUCCCUGGUAUUCGUGGUUGGUCUGCUGGGCAACGCGAUGGUGGUGGUGAUCCUCACAAAAUACAGGAGGCUCCGAAUCAUGACCAACAUCUUCCUGCUCAACUUGGCCAUUUCUGACUUGCUCUUCCUGUUCACUCUGCUGUUCUGGAUUCACUACAGCAGGUGGAACGAGUGGGUGUUCGGCCACUUCAUGUGUAAGCUCCUCUCCGGGCUUUAUUACAUGGGCUUGUACAGCGAGAUUUUCUUCAUCAUCCUACUGACCAUAGACCGGUACCUGGCUGUCGUCCACGCCGUGUUCGCCCUGCGGACCCGGACCGUCACUUUUGGUAUCAUCAUGAGCGUCCUCACCUGGGGCCUGGCAGGGAUAGCAGCCCUCCCUGAAUUUGUCUUCCAUCAGUCCCAAAAUGAUGCUGAACAGUACAUCUGUUUGCCUCUUUAUCCAGGAGGCCAAGAGGAUAACUGGAAGCGUUUCCAUGCUCUGAGCAUGAACAUCCUCAGUCUGGCCCUGCCUCUGCUCAUCAUGGCCGUCUGCUACACGGGAAUUGUUAGGACACUGCUGAGAUGCCCCAAUAAAACCAAGUACAAGGCCAUCCGGCUCAUUUUUGUCAUCAUGGUGGUCUUUUUCAUGUUCUGGACCCCCUACAACCUGGUCCUCCUUCUCUCUGCUUUCCAAACGAUCUUCUUUGAGGUCAGUUGUGAGCAGAGCAAAUGGCUCGAUGUGGCCAUGCAGGUGACAGAGGUGAUCGCCUACACGCACUGCUGCGUUAACCCCGUCAUCUACGCUUUCGUCGGGGAGAGGUUCCGGGAGCACCUCAGACACUUCUUCCGCAGGCACGUGGCCACCAACCUGGGCAAAUACAUCCCGUUCCUUCCCAGCGAGAAAUCAGACCGAGCCAGCUGUGGCUCCCCAUCAACGGGGGAACAGGAGCUCUCGUUUGUCUUUUAGGCCAGAUGCGGAAAAUUACCUAAAGCGGAGGCGCCGGGCAGAUGAAGGAAACACAUUAAGUCCAUCGCGUUGACCUGAACGCCAGCCCUUUGAACUUCUAGCUCGAUGCGGAAACUUGUAAAGACAUUAAAGUGUAUACACAAUGGGGUCAGCAGACCCGUGCGCCCCGGGCACUAACGGGGGUCACUAGUUAGUUCAUUUGCCGUCCACACAGAAGUUUGCUCGGUUCUCGGAAGAGUUACAUCCAGUGUGAUGUACCCAAGUGUUAGCUAGUCACUAUAUGCAGCUAUGAGCAGGUAAAUCAUUUUAUAGUUUAAACCUUAACUUUAGCCAGCUGUUGCAUAAAUGAAACGUAUUUCACAAAAUACAAUAAAUCAGUCGCAAUACUUUUAAUGUGCCUAGCUCUCUCCUUGCUUGAUGAAAAGGCUUUUCCUUCUUUUUUUAGCUUAUGUAUAUGUAUUCUCCGGCA